CGGCAAUGUCGCUCAUGGCCGCGCACUGUUGUUUUGAAAGCUUUUUCUCUAAUGAAGACCGAACAGUCAUUGUCAAAAAUGAAAGAAGAGAUUGUAGAUAAAGAUCUGUUUUCAGAUUCAACUGCAUCUGUUGUUGAAGGCUGUCGGUUGCCUGUACGGAUGAGAAACACCGAAGACUGGCCUCUAGCCGAAGUACUCAGUGUCAAAGAUAUCUGCAACAUCAGGAUGUUUUAUGUCCAUUACAUCGACUUCAACAAACGACUUGAUGAUUGGGUCUCAGAAGAUUUCUUAGAUACGAGAAAAAUUCAGUUUCCUAGAAAAGAUGGAACUCAAGUAGGCACAGGCAUGAGUACUCCUAAAAAAGUUGGAGGAACAACUGGUUCUUCCCGUCCUUCUUCCCCACUAGCUGCAUCCAGUGCAUCAGACCUUACUGUCAAUGGGUCUGCUCUACUGGCUGCAGCAAUACAAAAGAGAAAUGGAAGAAAACGUAAAAUUGGAGAAAAAGAAGAGCCCAGUCCAGGAUCCAUUAUUCCAAUCCCACCUGCCAAGAAACUUAUAAAAAUUGAAAAAGAAUUACCAGCAAUCCCCACUCUGCCACCCACCGUAGUUAGCGAUAGUUGUGCUGUUCCUACAAGUGAUUCAGUUUGUGAGGUAGGAGAUGCUAACUCUCCGGCCCCACCGUCCACCCCUGCACCGACUACACCAGGGCCACGUCAGUCGGGCAGUCUUGUUACACAUCACGAUGACGUUGUAACACGAAUGAAAAAUAUUCAAAUGAUUGAACUCGGCAGACACAGAAUAAAACCUUGGUAUUUCGCACCCUACCCUCAGGAAAUGGUUCACCAAGCUUGUAUUUACAUAUGCGAGUUUUGUCUCAAGUACCGGAAAAGUGAAAAAUGUCUAGAACGUCAUCUGAUGAAGUGCAAUCUUAGACAUCCGCCAGGCAAUGAAGUUUACCGCAAACAGACAAUUUCUUUUUUUGAAAUCGACGGCCGUAAAAAUAAAGCAUACGCUCAGAACCUAUGCCUGCUAGCGAAACUGUUCCUUGAUCACAAGACACUGUAUUACGACACUGAUCCGUUCCUCUUUUACGUCAUGACUGAAGUGGAUGCACGAGGUUUUCAUAUCGUCGGCUACUUUAGCAAAGAGAAAGAAAGCUCGGAGGACUACAAUGUCGCCUGCAUCUUAACAUUACCACCCUAUCAACGGAAAGGAUAUGGAAAACUUCUUAUUGAAUUCAGUUACGAGCUGUCCAAGUUCGAAGGCAAAACGGGCUCGCCAGAAAAACCUCUGUCCGAUUUAGGGUUGCUGUCUUAUCGCAGUUACUGGGCUUUUACAAUCUGUGAUAUUCUGAUGAAUAUGAAACCAUCCAGUGAAGGUGAACGUCCUCAAAUUACCAUCAACGAAAUUUGCGAAAUGACGAGCAUUAAAAAAGAGGACGUGGUGUCCACCUUACAGCAUUUGAACCUCAUCAAUUACUACAAGGGGCAGUACGUACUCAUUCUGAACGAAGAAGCGAUGAAAAAUUGCAUAAAAAACAAAGAGAAAUGGAAAUUACACAUCGAUCCCAAAUGCUUGCACUGGACACCGAAAGACUGGUCCAAAAGAGGGAAAUGGUGAUGAGAUCGCACCUACAAUCCAUUCCGCGAUCUUGCUACUUCUUUGCUUUUUUUUAAAAAAUACACUCACAAUUUCUAUGUACAAGAA